UCGUUGGACUGACAGGGUGAUCUCAACUGUCAAUCUACGACUCGGCUUCCGCCCUCAUCGUCGUCCAAAACAAAAUCCUAACAUAUAUUAUUCUAACAUAGCUCUCUCAAUUUUGGGUCUAAUGAAAUGUUUCAUCCAAAUCUUUAGUUAUUAGUAAUUGGGUUUUUUUUUAACACUUGUAUAACAAAUAGAUGGGGAAUUUGUUCGUCAAGAAGCCCAAGAUCACUGAUGUAGAUCGAGCUAUUCUUACUCUGAAGACCCAGAGACGCAAGCUUGCUCAAUAUCAACAACAGCUCGAUGCUGUCAUUGAAACUGAAAAGCAAGCUGCGAGAGACUUGAUUCGUGAAAACAAAAAGGAUAGAGCUUUGUUAGCUUUAAAAAAGAAGAAGGCACAAGAAGAAUUAUUGAAGAAAGUUGAUGUCUGGGUCAUUAAUGUUGAGCAACAGUUGGCAGAUAUUGAAUUGACUAGCAAGCAGAAAGCUGUGUUUGAGAGUUUGAAGUCUGGUAGCGAGGCAAUGAAAGCUCUACAGAAAGAAGUCAACCUUGAGGAUGUUCAAAAACUAAUGGAUGAUACUGCUGAAGCCAAAGCUUAUCAAGAUGAGCUUAAUGCAAUUUUGGGAGAGCAAUUAUCAGCAGAAGAUGAAGAAGAGAUCUUAGCAGAAUUUGAGGGCUUGGAAACUGAGAUCAAUGUUCAAGUUCUGCCUAAUGUACCUGUGUCAGAGCCAUUACUCGAAGACAAACUGGACCUUCCUGAUGUACCAACAAAACCAUUAACUGCAGCCAGUGCUGAUGUAAUAGCUCCAGCUGAAGCUUCCUCAAAGAGAAAAGUUCUGGAGGAGCCGUUGCCAGCAUGAUCAGAGGUCAAUUUAAUAUGCAAUUUCAGUUAACUGUGCUCCAGCUGUUGGAAAGUUUUCAUGGACUGUUUUGGUGGCAUGGAACAAUUGAUUUGAUUUGGACUCUUGUACAUCUUGGCUCAGUUAUGAACAAAUCUUCGAAUUGGUUUUGUACAUAUAUAUACCAUUUUAAAAGAAACAUCGUUUGUUUGUGAUCUUUGUGCGAAAACAAAUUUGGUACUAAUGAAGCCUCACUUUGCAUUUUU